AUGAUCCGCCAUCCCCAGCUUGGUUUCUUAGUCACCAUGCAAAAACGACUCGACAAUGAACGGUUUCUGUCAACACUGGCAGUGCUGCUGAAAACAAGCAGCGAGCAAGGAUCUGUGUACCUAGAACAGAAGCGUCUCAUAAAGACAGGCCCGGACACCGUUAUAGAUGCCACGGACGCGCCGUACCCCUUGUUGUUCCGGGCAACUGACGGAGCCAAGACAAAAGCUAAACGAGUCAAGAUCUCGACCAUCGUUUCGCCCAAAGAUCUCGAUCAGUUCUGGCAGAACUACACCGAUGCUUUGAAAUCCGGCAUGGCUGGCCUACGCCGUAAAGAUAAAAAGAAACAACGCAAAUAA